AAACGUACUUAGCUAUGAGUUAAUUUUAAUAUAUAAUUUCCCUUAAAUUGGGGGGAAUCUUGGAGUGAAAAUGGAUCCAGUUUUGCAACGAAUUGGUGACGUUACAAUUGAGAGAGUCGUGCCCAAGAAACAAAAUUCAUCUGAAGGUAAGGAUGAAUUACAAAAUGUUGAAGAUUCAGAAACUGAUUUUUCAAUGUCUGGUGAAGAGCUAUCGGACGAGGACAUCACCGAUUUAGAUGAAAAGGCUGCACAAGAUGAUGUUCCGUUAGACGAAGAAUAUGAGCAUAUAACAUUGCCAUCAGAAGUGACGAUUAAAAGAAAAGGGGAUGAACAGAAUACAGAAGCCAAUUCGAAAAAACAUAAAACAGGACUUGAAAAUGAAGAAACCGAAAAAGAAGUUUCAAAGGUAUCGAAAGAGGAGGAAAUGGAAAUAAGUAAAAAUAUAGAACUACUUAAUUCCGUUGAUGAAUUAACUGAUGAUGAAUACGAGGAAUCAGAAGAAUCUGAGGACGAAAUGUCCGAAUCAAAGAAAAGUAAAAGUGAAACUCCAAAACCAACUACAGAGGAUUCAAUUGAUAUUGAAAAAAGUGAUUUUAUCGAGAAAUUAACGCAAGGCAUUAAUUUCGAUGAUACAAUUACUGAAAUUAAAACUGAAAAUAUCGAUAAAGACAGUAAUUCAGUAUCAAAAGAAUCCGAUAAUACGUCUGAAUAUGAUUAUGAUAUUACCGAAAAAUUACGUGAAAUGGGAGAAAUUAGUGUGCAACCAGUUAAAAAAGGAGAACAGUCAACUAGGAAAAUGAAUUUAGAUGAACCAGAGAGUGAAGUGUCUGUAACGGCUGCAAAAAAGAUUGGAAGUGAAUCAGAUGACGAAGAAGCACAGGGCGUGGAACGAAAAAUAGGUAAUUUACGACGUAAUAUUCGCGAAGUUAUGGAUGAAACGAAAUUAGAUGAGGCCACAUUGGCUGCUCAACGACAGGAAAUGGAACGUUUACGGCGUGUACAGGAACAACAAAGGAUUAUUCGAGAGGUUCAACGACAGAUAGCAUUUAACCGACAAAAUAAUCGUACUCAAAACAAGGUAAUAUCCUUACUACAAGGUCAAGGUUCAUCCUCAUCGGUAUCAGUAUUACGACCUGGUGGUUCUGGACCAUCUGGUACACAAGCAGCGUGUGGAGCAAAUCGUUCAGGCGGCCCGGGUGCUAAUACUGUACUUGUUAAAUUACCAAAUGGUGAAACAAAACCAAUGACUCGUGUACCGAAAGGGCAACAAAACAUGUUUGAAAUGAUUCGAACGCAUAAAAGUAUUAAUUUACAGCAAUAUGCACAGAAUCGUGGAACUGGACCUCAACGGAACUUCCUCAGCGGCAAAGGACAUAUAACUCCAUCAGUAUCAAUUGCUCCAGUUGCCAAAAAGACACCACCCGUAACUGAAACACCGGCAAAGAAAGAUGUGGAAACGAUUGAUGUUAGUUCCUCGGACGAUGAUUGUAUUGUUUUAUCCGAGGAGGAAGAAGAACCUGAACCUGAAGAAGACCCUCAUAAUUCAGGAAUGCACACAAAUGAUGCGUACAAUGUACCGGAUGAACAAGGACGGGUGUUAAUAAACGUUGGUCAUCCAGAAAAUGAAGCUGAUAUAUUUUUAGCACCGCAAAUAGCUCGAGUUAUAAAACCACAUCAAAUUGGUGGUGUACGCUUUUUGUUUGAUAACGUCAUUGAAAGUGUGGAACGUUUUAAUACUUCCACGGGAUUCGGUUGUAUUUUAGCACAUUCUAUGGGUUUGGGUAAAACUUUACAGGUGGUUUGUUUCUCCGACAUUUUUUUACGGCACACAUCAGCUAAAACAAUUUUAUGUAUAAUGCCCAUAAAUACGUUACAAAAUUGGGUUGCCGAAUAUAAUAUGUGGUUACCAACAGAUGCAACAAAUAGUCCUUUACUCGCACAUGGUGAAGUACGCCCUAGAAACUUUAAUAUUCAUGUACUUAACGACAGUCAUAAAAGUCUUGCGGCUCGAGCGAAAAUUAUACAAGAAUGGCACAAAGAUGGCGGUGUAUUAUUAAUGGGGUAUGAAUUAUAUCGGCUCUUAAGUUUGAAACGUAAUUCUCGUGCUAAAAAGAAAAAGAAAACUACCACAAUAGCGAACAACCCAAACGCAAUUGCGGGUGAAAGUGUAGAUCUAGAAGAAGAUGAUAAAAAUAAACAAUUAUUCGAUGAAAUACAUGAAGCUCUAGUAAAACCAGGACCUGAUCUCGUAAUUUGCGAUGAAGGUCAUCGAAUUAAAAACUCACACGCUUCAAUAUCAGUAGCUUUGAAACAGAUACGUUCCAAGCGUCGAGUUGUUUUAACUGGAUAUCCGUUACAAAAUAAUUUACUCGAAUAUUGGUGUAUGGUAGAUUUUGUUCGCCCAAAUUAUUUGGGUACAAAGACUGAAUUCUCGAAUAUGUUUGAACGUCCUAUACAAAAUGGUCAGUGUGUAGAUUCAACACCGCAAGAUGUCCGAUUAAUGCGGUUUCGUGCACAUGUAUUACAUUCCUUGUUAGAAGGUUUUGUACAACGGCGAUCACAUUCUGUUCUUCAAGUGACAUUACCACAAAAAGAGGAGUACGUGAUGUUAGUACGCAUGACUGCAUUUCAACGACAAUUGUACGAUACUUUUAUGAAUGAUGUUGUACGGACGAAAACUGUACCAAAUCCUUUGAAGGCGUUUGCAGUUUGUUGUAAGAUUUGGAAUCAUCCAGAUGUAUUAUAUUACUUCUUGAAAAAACGUGAAGAAAGUGAAGCUGUUGAUAUUGAUUUAGAGGAAGUUGUCGGUACAGGGACUCCAUCCUCAUCUUCCACAAAUUUACCAACAACAACAACUACAACUAGUACCACACCAUCGACAACAACUUCAACUACUACAACUCCAAAACGUAGUCGUGGUAAAACAAAAGCACCGAAAAAAGAAAAAGAGAAAAAGAAAAUAUCAAGUUUAUCAUCUAUAGAGGAUAGUAUUCAAGCUUGUGCUGAAGGAAUCACAUCCGAUUCGUCAUCAGUGUCAUGUUCAUUACCACCAACUCCCGCUGGAGGUGAUACUACUACAACUACUGCUAGUGUUUCCAUUCCAACUACAAAUGCACAAUUCUCAUCAAAUUCUCAAUCAUCAACAACUUCAUCAACUACAACAACACCUCAACCAACAAUGUCACCAUUUCCAUCAUCGACUCCACAAAGUUAUACCCCAUAUCCUCCGUCAUCUGCGUCUACACCGGCUCCUCCAUCAACACCUUCAACUCCAGCCCCCAGUACAACCCCUGGUGAAUAUCAAAAUAAUUAUAACCAAAACUAUCCCAAUAACCAAUACAAUAACUCAAAUCAAUUUUACCCAACAAACAAUUCAGCGGGACAAUAUGGAAAUCAAAAUCCACCACCUCCUGCGGGCGGAUAUUAUAAUCAAAAUUAUCCAAAUUAUCAAGGAAAUACAAGUUGGCCGAAUAAUAAUUGGUCAAACUCAGGAACUGCUCCUCCAAGUACUCCAGAUAAUAGUCAACAAUCAACGACCUCCUCUACGGGAUUUGGUGAUAACCCACAAUACCCGCCAUCUGAAAAUAAUAGUAAUUCACAAUAUCCUCCACCAACAGGGGGUAAUUCACAAUACCCAGCUACUAAUAAUCAGUUUUCGAAUUCAUCCCAAUAUCCACCUCAAACGGUAGCUAACUCGGAUACAACUCAAUACCCUCAACAAAGUCCUUCACAAUAUUCAGCUAAUAAUUCUACAAAUCCUACAUACUCUACAUCGACUUAUCCUCCAGCAACACAAUAUCCACCCGGAGAAACUAAUACAUCGCAAUACACACCACCGGGAAAUACACAAUUUCCUGCUCCGCCACCAACAUCGCAAACGACUGGGAGUACAUCAUAUCCUUCAAAUUCGUAUGACAAUGCGACUUAUUCCAAUACAACAUCUGCCCCAAGCACACCAUAUCCUCCUCCUCCUCCAACAGCAUCACCUUAUCCUAGUGGAGGGCCGCCAUCGAAUACAUCACAGUAUCCAACAGAAAACUCUCAAUAUCCUGACAAUUCUAGUAAUAAUUCAUCACAGUAUCCGGGCUAUUCUGGAUAUCCACCAUAUUCGCAACAAGAAAACUCACAAAAUUCUCAAAAUUUCCCAUCCUAUAAUGCAACAAAUUCUCCAAAUCAAAAUAAUUCAAAUUAUUACCCACCAAAUAAUUCAAGUUAUAAUGCACCAAGUGAUUCUGGUGGAAUUACUCCAGUAUCCACGGCGGGAAAUUACGUAACAGAAAUUAAGACUGAACCAAAUGAAUCGAAUCAGUAUUAUACAUCGUCAAAUUCGACGACAACUACUACUACAGCUGCGCCCUACGGCGGUGGACAACCGUAUCAAGGGAAUCAACCGUUUGAAAUAAAAACUGAACCUGGGCAGCAACCAUAUUACCCACCUGCGGGUGGCUAUAAUCCUCAAAGCUAUGGCUACGGAGCACCUCCUCCUCCUUAUCAAAUGUACGGAGGCUAUGGUCCGCCGCCACCGUCGACAAACUAUAAUAAUCAAUAUGGAACUCCAUCAUGGGGACAACAACCAAAUCCUACACCAGUCACAACAGCAACAGAAACUCCUACAACGGGUACUGUUCCUGAUAUGCCAAUGGAAGUAAAGGAAGAGAAAAAGGAGGAUAUGGACACUAAAGAAGAUGUCAAAGAUAUUUUGAUGGAUGUGAAAAAAGAGGAAAAACUCGAUGAUGUAAAAAUUGAAAAAGAAGAAAAACCAGAGACAAAAGAAGAACCUGAAGAAGGUGUUAAAGAAGAAGAACCUAAAGAAAUAUUUCCAACAGCAAAACUUAAGGAAGAUGCUGGUAUUAAUUAUGAUUGGGCCGUUGAAUUACUAAAAGGCUACGUUCCUGGAUGUAUUGAAAAUUCCGCAAAAAUGGAAAUCUUAUUUUGUAUUAUUCGUGAGAGUAUGGCACUUGGGGAUCGUAUCUUAUUAUUUAGCCAAUCUCUGUUUACGUUAAAUUUAAUUGAGGAAUUACUACAAAAAAAUGAUGUACCAGGACAAGAGGAAGGCGUUAAAUGGGCACGUAAUGUAAACUAUUAUCGUUUAGAUGGAUCCACAUCGGCGUUAGAACGAGAAAAACUAAUCAACGAAUUUAAUGCGAACGAUAGUAUUUAUUUAUUUAUGGUAUCAACACGCGCUGGAUCUCUAGGGAUUAAUUUAGUUGGUGCCAAUCGUGUGGUUGUGUUUGAUGCAUCCUGGAAUCCAUGUCAUGAUACGCAAGCUGUAUGCCGUGUUUACCGGUAUGGACAAAAGAAGCCAUGUUUUGUGUAUCGGUUAGUCAUGGACAAUUGUUUGGAAAAGAAAAUAUAUGAUCGACAAAUUAAUAAACAAGGUAUGUCUGAUCGCGUUGUCGACGAAUGUAAUCCAGAUGCACAUUUAAGUAUGAAAGAUGUUACGAACCUAUGUUGGGAUGAUGAAAAAGAAUCUGAAGUGAAAGAUUUUAGUAAUGUCAAAGAUAAAUAUAUUGAUAUUGUUAUGCAGAAGAUAUUAGAUAAUCACAGUCAAGUAUUAAGUAAAGAACCUUUUCAACAUGAAUCAUUGUUGGUCGAUCGUAAGGAAAAGAAAUUAUCACAAGCUGAAAAACGUAUGGCAAAACGGAGCUAUGAAAUGGAAAAACAAGCAGUUAAUAAUGCAGCUCGUAAUGUCUCUUAUAAUUAUCAUGGAGGUAUUGGCGGUACUGGAAUGAUGCGUGGUAUGCGUGGAAUGGCCGGUGAUGGUUCCAUGCAUAAUAAACCUAUUGCAUCGGUACGACCAAUGCAGGCCGAGUUGAAUUCUCAGUUAGUUCGUGAUGGACAACGCCGUACACGAUGGAUACCUGCCGAAGUUUGGCAACGACAAGGAAUGACCGCACAAGAAAUGACACUACCAUUAGAUGUUGUAAUACCAACAAAUGGAGGUGAACGUGGUAAUAUCGUAUUAAAAGCCGGUCAAAAAGUUUUAGUUUUAAAAUCCCCUAAAGGUAUUUAUAUGCAAUUGGAAUGUGGAAAAAUUGUUGCAAUACGUACGGCAAUGAAAAUGCGUGGAAAUACUGGAGGAGGUAGUGGAGGGGGGAAUAGUGGUAAUGUUGGUAAUUGUGGUGGUGCUGCAAUGAGCGGACAUUUAGGUGGAAAAAUAUCACCUGGAGCUGGUACACCAAAAAGUUCAGAUGAAGCAAGUUCAGAUGGUUCCCUGCUUAAAAAAGUAAAUCCCCGUCAACAAAAAUCGUCAAUUCCCUUACCAUUGAAAAAUAAUUCUGCUGUUACAAUUACUCCAAAAUUGCCAGGAAAUCAACCAAAAAGUAUAAAACCAUUCACUCAAGUUAGUGGAGUUGGAACUCCUCCCAUGGGUGGUGUUAAAAUACCUCCAAAUAAAGCACCAAUUCGACCAAUGAAUGCUCGUAUACAAAAUAUACGUUAUCCACCCAACAAAAUCGGUGGACCGCAACAAAAGAACGUACAAUUAGGUAAAGCGAAGCCUUUUAUUACUAAACCACAAGAUGAAGAUAUUGAAAUGAAAAGUAAAGAAAAUCCUGAAGAUGAAGAUGCGGAAACACAUGUUAUACAAUCCAGUGAUGAAGAUCAACCUCCUUCAGCCUCUUCUUCAAUACCACCUGGACCAACUACACCAACAACAGCUCCUGAACCUGAACCAGAAUCUGAAUUGGAUCAAGGAACUGAAAUGGAAUUUAAUGAAUCGGAACCAAAAGCUAAUGAAUUUGACUCCACAAUGGAUAGUAACAAAUCUAUGGAUGGUUCGGUCGAAGGUGGGAGUGAUACUUUACCACCUCCACCUAAUUCAACAACUGAAGAUACCAUGAUGAUGACACCUACGCCAACACCUAGUGAAGAAUCAAAUCCACCUUUGACUAAUGUGCCACAAAUUUUUGAAACUUCGAAUGAAAUUUGUCUCGAUAUGGACAAACCCUUUCCUAUACAUGGGAAGAUGAGUAGUAGUAGUAGUAGUGGGGAAACAAAAAGUUCAGGUUUCCAAAUUCUAGAAGUCAAGUCCCUAGAUAAAUCUGAAAUGAUUCCAGUUGAUACAUUUCAAGAAUCUCAUCAAUUAAAUGCAAACGAUCUGUUUAAUAAUACAACUCUGACAAAAUCACCUUCAGUAUCAGCUGGCACGGGGCCAAAGUCGAGUUUAAAAAACUAUCGACAUAAUUUUGGUAAAACAAAAGCUAUGACGCCUUCAGCUUUGUCGCGCUUGGAACAAACAACUUCUUCCAUAGGUUCGAGUGCACCUGGGGAUUUAAAGCAGCCAUCAUUACAAUCAUCAUUGGAUAAAAUUACAGCAGAAUCAGCGUUAAUGUCCGGGGAAUUAGGCCCUGAAGUUUCAAUUAUCCCAAAGAAAACUCAAUCUGUGAUGCCGUUGAAAGAUGGUGUGGUUAUCGAACAAAUCAAACCAAAACCAAGGAAAAAUGCUAAGAAAAAACCACCACCUCCACCAAUUAUCGAAACACCUCCAACAAUUGAACUAGAUUCGUCUGAUAACGAAUCACCCAAUAAAUUGGAUUCGAACAUUCCGAAUAGUGGAGUGAACUCAGGAGUAGAACAACAAAAUCAAAUGUAUCAGCAUGGUCCGCCUCCAUUCCAUCAACCUCCGGUACCACCUACUGAUCCAAAUAAUAUGUACCCUAAUUAUAAUUAUGGCCAACCAGUUCCACCAAAUACUAAUGCACCUGCACCUUAUGGCGGUGGUUACGGAUACAAUCCACAACCAGUACCGUAUUCAACAGCACCUGCUGUACAGCAGCAACCUCAGCAGGCCCCACCAACGUCCUAUCAAAGUAUGGAAAUGCAACAACCAGUGAAUACUUACCAUAAUAUGGAAUCGAAAAAUGUUCCCGCAUCAGAUAAAACUAUUAAAUCAUCAGAAGUGGUCCCUGAAAGUGCUCAACAACAAUCGUCUACACCAGAUUAUCGAAGGGAUCCACCUGGUGAACAAAAAAUUAUUCCACCACCGGCAACUAGCACACCACUUCCACCAAAUACUCCACAACAAACUUACCCACCGCAACAACCUCAAGGAGGUCAUGUCAUGGGUCCGCCUCCAAUGAAUAAUACAAUGAAUUAUGGUCAGCCCGCACAAUAUCCCCCACCAAAUUAUACGGGAAUGCCGUAUCCAAACACAGGCUAUCAACCAUAUCCACCACCGCCACCGGGUCCCCCUUACAAUCAAAAUUUCGCUCCAUACGGUAGUGCAUUUCAUCGGCCUGAAAUGAUGCCACCAUACUCAGGAGCACCGCCUCCGGGACCGCCAAGUGAUAAUUAUGGAGCACCACCAAGUGUACCACCUGCUCCAGUUGGUGGUUAUGGACCACCACCACCAAUAAGACCUGGUUAUGCUCCGCCUCAGUAUGCGCCAUAUCCUCCGCCGCCAACGCCACAAGGUGCUCCACAUCCACAACAACCUCAACCAAUGUAUCCUGGCUACAAUGAUUAUAAUCAAUAUAAUACGGCACCGGGAUAUAAUCAGUAUAUGACUCCAGGACCGUAUCCAGCACCUCCAAAUCCAAAUCCGCCUCCUUCUUAAUUUUUUUAAUUACAUACUAAAACAUUUUGAGGUCACUAAGUUAAUGCUAAGGGAUUUUUUUGUAAAAUUGACUAUAUAUAAAGAAAUGAUAUUGACUUCAGAAUAAUUAGCCUGAGUUUUAACUUCUGUUGGGUAACAAUUGAAGUCGAUGCAAGCAAAUUGCGCUUAAAUCGGAUGUAUUUUACCUACAUCUAAUAACUGUGAUAGCAGAAGUACUAGAAAAACAUGAAAUAGCAGCUGGGUAUCAUAUAUCUUGAUUUUGUAUAUACAAAGUCUAUAACACUACUAAAACUUUUUUCUAUGGUGGCAAAGAAUCUUCCCAUGUUCUCUUUAGAAAUUAUCAGAUAUAAUAUUAAUCUUUUAUAAAGAUUUUAAAAUCAAAAUGUAAUCGGUGUAAAAAUAAAAAAUUUCCAUUUCACAACACAACUUGUAAUGGUACACUUUGUACAAGAUUCAUUGUUCAACCAUCGAUAUUGGAGGAUAUAUAACAUUUUACUGAGGCAUGAAAAAAGACGAAGCAACCAUCGCUUUGCUUUAAUGACGAAUGAUUACAUAGAUAAAUGGCGUAAACUUGAACUAAAUAUUUUUUGAUUAGCUAGCGUUUUACGGGCAAUAAAAUUUUGCAGCUAACAAACAGAUCACUAUCAGUCUUUUUCUAUGGAUUGGAUAUUUUUUUAUCCGAGAUGAAUCAUACGCUAAACCUUGCUAACAACGUUUAUAAUAACCUUAGAAAGUUAACUUCUAAACAGAUUAGAAGGAUGGGAUUUUAUGAUGGGAACUAUGUUUAAGAAAUGUUUUUUACAAUAUUGUAUAUUGACAACAAAAAUUUUGUUAAUGAAUUAUAUAAAACAUUAAAAUAAUAGAUUUUAUUUUAAUUUGGGUUACUAUGUCGUUUAAGUGUCGUUGUAGGGUGUCAAUAUGCAAUUCUUCAAAAAAAGUAAAUCGCGACUUAAGUAUAUAAAAUAAUAUGUACAAAAUUUAUAUAAGAACUAACUACAAAGUUUAUAUAAAAAAAAUAGGAGAACUAUCGCAAUUAUAAAAGAGAAAAGAGUAGCAAAUAUGACAUAACACUUUAAAAUGUAAAAAGAAGUAUAUAUUUUGUCUUUACAUUCAAUGAAAAAAUCAACUUGAGUCUAACAGGUAUCUUAUAGUCUUAGAGGUUAGCGACAAAAAAAGCAAGCAUUUUCAAAAAGGUAAAUUUGUAAUAUUUACGUUAUAUUGGGAGAGUAUAGAAAUAUCCUGUUAUCAGUCAGUCGGUUUCUGUAGCGUUUGUCGCGGGGGCGGCUUUAACUCUGCAAAAAACGUACAAGUAUUUUGUAUAAUCUAAAAUUUUGUAUAUUGAUGCAGAAUAUUAUUAUAAACAUA